AUGACGAGUGAUACAAGCUCUGCUGUCCUGGAUUUAAAUGAUGCUGACAUCACUGAAGAUACAGAGGCACCGAGCGUCACCGAUGAUGGCAAUGAGGGGGCUCCGUUGAUUAUGGAGCAUGGAUAUGAUAUCGCUGUGAAGGUUGACGCUCCUAUGAAACAGCUGUCCACUUUAGAGACAUUUGUUACGUACCGUGUACGAUGCGUUUGCGCAAGGUGGCCCACACCCCCCUUUGUGAGGAGACGGUACAAUCACUUCAAGACAUUGCACCGGCGUCUAUGCGCUAGUGCCCCUCUGGUGGCAGCCCCAGCUCUUCCCCCGCUGCAUUCUGCGCGACAACAGCUGGACCGCUAUCAGCCAGCUUUCGUGCACGUGCGUGCGAUAGCCUUGCACGCUUUCCUUGACCGCGUUGCCAAACAUCCUAUCCUAACGCACAGCGAAGACUUCAAACUGUUUGUCACUACACCAGACGAGGAGUUGGACAAGGUGUUCAAGAGUGAGAACAGCGCUCUAAAUUUGUGGGGUCUCAGCACCGCACUCUAUGGAAGCGGGGAAACUAAACCCACCAAUGGGGCCCGGGUGAAAGACCCCGAGUUCGCAUCUGCAGCCGACUACCUACAGUCCUUGCAGCAGAAACUGACCACACUGUGCGCUUUGACCACCAAGCUCUACAAGAUCUCAACUUCUCUUAGCACCGAGUACACGGGGCUGCGGCGCGCGUGCGACGCGUGGGCGACGCAGGCGGGGGGCGGGGCGGGGCGCGCGGCGGGCGCGCUGGCGAGCGGCGCCGCGGGCGCAGCUAGUGCGCGGGCGCGGGCUCCGCUCAGGCACCGCGCGCUGCUGCCGCUGCUGGCCGCCUACGCGGACGCACACCGCCACAAGAUCCGCCAGCGGGACGCGCUGCACGCCGCAUACGUCGCCGGAAACAACCCCACAGGAGACUUACAUAAUAGACUGGAACAAGCAUCGGAAGCGAUUCGCUCGGAACUCUCUGACUGGGUCCCGAAAACCCGAGCCGAGAUCAAAUCCCUCCUCCUUGAACUCGCAGACAGACAAGUGAGCAUUCACUCUCAGACGCUACUGGGUUGGCAAAACGCUCUGAAACUGUCCACGGAAGCGGACAUCGGGGAGAUCUUCAAAACGGUCUCUAAAACCGCAGUACAGAAUCUUUCCCCUUCGAAAUGUCGUGCCGACACACCGACAGACAGAGAUUUAGACGAUAUAGAGAAUUACAGCAACGAUGAUUCCGAUCUUCUAGAUCCUUCUAGAACUGUAUAUCCGGAUAUAAUACAGGGUGUAUCCGUGAUCCAGGAUGACAAUGAAGGUGUGGAAAGGGUAGUCGGCAGUGUUGAAGUGCACGUGGACUCUAGCGGGAGUGUUAAUGAGACCGAAGGGCAAUCGAAAGUGGACUCUAAUUCCAAUGCGGAGAGCUUAAAAUCGGGCGACGAGAGGCCAAAGGACCCGCUGCAGGAUUUUUCGGACAUAGACCUGUCGUGA